AUGAAGUCCCGGACGAAGGACGAUAAGAAGGGGAAGAAGGCCGGCGCGGGUGCGGACGCGGGCGGCUCGAACGAUGGAGCCGGCGCCGACGCGGAGCUUCAUCAAUCGCGGAGGAGGUACCACGAUGCGCUGUCCAGCGGCGUCGGCCUGGACGCCGUGCUGCACGGCACAUCGCGCGCGAUGCCGGGGUUCCCGCGCGCCUCCAAGCCCACGCCGCCCUCAUCGCCGCCGAGGAUGUUCCCCGCGCCGGGCCAGGCGACCGGCCCCGGCGCCGCGACGACCGCGCCGUGGGGAGCGCUCGACGUCAACAACGGGGCGCCCCAUCCGGCCGGGGCGCGAUCGCGACCCGACGCGUCCAGCGCCGCGCACCACGGCGGAUCGCGACCGUCCGUCGAGUCGUCCACGCAUGCCGCGCUCUCCCGUUCGUCCGCGAGCGACAGGUGGCGGGCCGCGGGAGCCGCCGCGGGGGUCCCGGAGGACGUCGGCGAAGGAACCAAGAAGAAGCGCUCGGGAUUCAUCCUCGCGUACAAAGCCGUGAAGCGGAGCAUGGGGAUCCCGUCGAAGAAGGACAAGGCGGCCGCGAAGGAGUCGGCGGAGGCCGAGGCCAAGCCCCGGGGCGCCGUCGCGUUCGCGUCCGUGCUACCCCCGAGGAAGAAUCCCGAGCGGCGCACCGUUGAGAACGCCCCGACGAUGCACACGACGACGACGACGACGCCCGAGGCUACUAAAAACAAGUCGGCCAGGGACCUCUGGGCCGCCGCGGGCGCGGCGGCGGGCGUCACCGACGCCGCCGUCGCGUCCGCGUCCAAGAAACGAUCGCCGCUGCUGAUGGCGUACAAGAAGAUGAAGCGGAUCGCGGGGAUACCGUCGAAGAAGGACAAGGAGGCGGAAAAGGCGGAGAAGGCGGAGAAGGAGGCGCGGGAGAACUUUCCCGCCACGCCCAAGACUCUCCCGGAGCUCGCGGCCGCCGACCCGAUGCGCCAGUCGCCGCCCGGGAGGAGCGCGGCGGUGCCGGAGACUAGGUACCAGUCCGCGCUCGCGCAGAUCAUCGGACCGCCGAUCGGCGGGCACAAAGAACGGGGACCGAGCCCGUCGGGCGGCGGGAGCGUCGGGAGCAGCGGCGGCGUCGGCGGCGUCGGCGGCGGGCGGGCGUCGGCACCCGACGGUCAGCGUCGGCACCCGUCGUCGCCCGGGCGAGCGAGCGAGUCCGCGAGCGCGACGUGGGACCCCGCGCUGGUGGAUAGGAUCCUCGGCGGCGACGUCGAGGGCGCGAUACGCUUGGGGCAGACGCUGACAACGGGCGGCGGCGGCGGCGGCGGCGGCGGGCGGGCGGCGGCGUCGUUCGGGGGCGGGGAGGCCGGGUCCGUGGAGGCUCUGCUGGCGAUGGCCGCGGACGUCGCCGCCGAAGAGGACGGGACGUCCGGAGGCGGCGCGGCGGGCGGAGUCGGGGCGGGCCGGUCGUCGCGCGGGGGGGAGGCGGAAUCGGCGGGUGAAAUUCGCGCGAGAUUCGCGGAUGCCAUGCGCGAGGCGGUUCGCGACAUGCGCCGGCGGCACGACACCGUCGUCGCCAUCGCGUCGGGGAUGGGCAGGGUCAUCGAGGAGCUCCAGGAGGUGGAGCCCGCGGCGGUGGCGUUUGGUCGGUUGCAGCGGCGCACGGGUUUCGUCGGCGAGGCGUACCGGUCGCCGCUCGCGAGGAGUCAACCCUACGUGGUGUCCGCGGCGAUCGAUCUGGACACCUCUGGACACGUCCCGCGAUCCUUCCCGAGCGACAAGUUCGGUCGCCAGCAGCAGCAGCAGCAGCAGCAACCGCCGCGAGCGACGACGUCGACGGGCGCAUCCGGGCACGUUCCAGGCACGUAUCCGGGAACAAGAGGAGUCUUCCCGCCGGAGCCCCUGGACCUGGGCGAGCUCCCGGACCCGCCAGGGAUGGACGAGCACUGGCGCGAGUCUCCGGUGAAGGCCCGGAUGGACGCGUCGGCCGCCGCGGUGGACUCCGCGCUGGCCGCCGCGGCGAGCCUCUUCCCGGCUUCUUCGCCCGACGCGGAUGAGAUCCGAGAGGAUAUUCGAAUCCCAGAGACACAGCUGGCGGGCGGGGAGACGACGGCACCACACCCCGACCCUAAACCGCCGUCGCCCCCGCCGAGGCACCGGUUCACCGCGCAGGACCGCGCGCGCAUCUCCUCCAGCUUUGGCGGGCGGCACGGACUCCCCCCCGGGAUCAGGCGACGGGUUGACGCGAUGACGGCGAGGACCGAAUCCGCGAGUCGAGCGGCGGCCGUCGUCGACGAGGAUAACGAGUUAUCCGACGAGUUGACCCGCGCGCGACGCGGGGCACGAAGCCGCCAGAGCCCGAGCCCGAGCCCGAGCCCGAGCCCGUCGUCGUCGGAUGAAUCGUCGGACGCGAACGUCGGGAACGGUUGGCUGGCGAGGCCCGAGCGGUUCGUCGGAAAACAUUCGGAGAGCGCGAGUCCGGCGGCGGCGGCGGCGCGACGCCGGCUCAGGGGGGUAGGUCGGGGGGGUCCUGUGGGGCUAGAGGCGAAGUUUCGGGCGGCGGCGGCGGCGUCGGAGUCGGAGUCGGAGUCGGAGUCGGAAUCGGAGUCGUCCGUCCGAUCACGCAAGGGGGGAAACGUCGUCGUCGUCGGCGGAGACGGUUCGCCCGUCGCGGCUCUCCGCGCGAGGGGACUCGCGCCGAAAGCGUCCAGCGACCUCGAAUCCCUCCGUCGGCUCCGCCGCCGCCUCGAGGAGACCAAGAGCGGCGGCGGCGGGACGGGCGGUGGGUCCUCAAGCGCGGCGAAGGUGCUCGGCGACCUCGCCAGGCUCGGCGGGUACACCUCGUGGGACCAGGUGCCGACCGACAGGCGGGGGCGGCAUGGCGACUUGGACGACGCGUCAUCGCUCUUGACGUCCCCGGCGUCCGAGGCUGACGUCCGGCGCGCGAGGGAGGCGGACAGGGAGUCUUCGGGCGGACACACGCCGAGGUCCGUGCACGACGCGAGGCUGAGGGCGGCGAUGGCGGUUGACGUUCGGAUGCGUCGCGCGAGGAUGUCGUCGCCGAUGUCGUCGCCGGCGGGCGGGGGAUCGCCGGGGCACCAGUCGUUGGCGCAGAGGCGGGCGGCGUAUAGGGAGGCGCGCGCGAGGGCGGCGCGGGAGUCGGGGCACUGA